GGCGCAAAUAGAAACUGAGAUUGUAUUGAGCCGCAAGCUAAGCAUUCAGUCUACUGCGUGCCUUGACGCACUUACAUCUGUUUCCAUCGCUGCUCUUUUCCCUGCUACAACUAUGCUUUCAAUCUAAUAUGUACUACUCUUGAUGUGUUCCUUGAAGAAUGUGCUUCAAGAAGUGUGAUGAGGCAGUGGUCAUGAGAAAAGUGGCUUCUCUGUUCAAACCAAUGCUGCUAUGAUAUCGUGACUUUUCGCUAUACUUGGAUACAUGAAAUCAAUUACUCAUCAUGCCUAGCCGCCCUUUUCAUCAAAUGGUACUCUUCGCAUCCUGUGCACGCAGCGGAGUCUUCUCAUCAUGCCCCCCCUCCGCAUUCCCCAACGAAGUAGUCUUUCUCAUGAGCUCGUGAACCAUCGCGUCGUCUUGCUUGCGCUGCUCCUCGCGCUUCUUCUCAGCCUCCUGCAUCCUCUCGCGUUCCUCAAAAUCCCGAAUUCUCCGAGCUGCUCCAACCCUGCGUUCUCGUUCCUCACGCCGAGCGUCCUCCUCGGGGUCGUUAGUGGAGCGACGGAGCGACGUGGUAUGCCACACUGCGACGAUGACGAUCAUCUGGAAGACCACGGCAGAUAUGGCAAGCAUAAUGAGGCCGGGGUCGGGCAUGAUGAGGUUUCUUGCCUGCUUAAGUAUGUCAGAGAUGUUGCGAUCGGUUUUUCACAUGCAGAGGGACUUACUGCGUAGAAUAGAAGUUG